AUGCCCUACAUAGCCUCAACCCCGGAAGCCCUCGAAGCCCGUCUUGGGCGAACCGACAGCCUAGACCCGGCGACCACCUGUCGUGGCAUCAGCAUUAGUAGUGGGAAGCCAUGUCGACGGAAUAUCACCGCCAAGGCGCCCUCGGGCAAGAAAUCUACGGCUAGCAGCAGCAGCAAUGGGGGUCAACCUAACCCGGCAGAAGCAUUCUUCUGCUGGCAGCACAAGGACCAAGCAGCCGACACUGUGGUUUUACAUAGAAGUGAUAGCCAGAAGAAGAGGCGGCUGCAAGGAAGAACCAGUUUUGAUUCGCUCGUUGAGGUUAUAUUGGGACCUGAGGCUGCCAAUAGCGAGGUUGGGCCUGGACAGACUCAGCUUCUUAUCAGGAGAGAGACGCGAUUGAAUGCAAAUGAAGUCAUGGUCGUCAGCAAGAAUACGGUUGUCAAGAAGGAUUCAAAGAUGGUGAAAACUGCCAAAAAGCCUGGUGAGAGCCAGGGUGCUAUCUGGGAUGCCCUCCACAAUCAGGAGAAUGGAGCUGCACAGGUUGGUGGUCAAGCACCUUACGGGUCUGAUGCGAAUGGCCAGCCUCAGUAUCCUCACAUGAAUGGACAAUACCAUGAUCCUCAGGUAAACGGCCAGUACCAACAGCAGCAGCCGCAGCAGCAGCAAUACCAACAUCCAGGGACGCACGGGGUAUCGCAAGUACACCAACAAUAUCCACCACACCGUCCUUCGGCGCCUGCAAUGGGACGGAUAGACGAGGCUCCAGGAGACACGUACCCUCCUAACAACGAGUUUAAACCGCCCCCACCCCGGCCUCACAGCUAUAGGCCAAAACGGCCAUCCUUGUUGGCGCAGCUGUUCUGUUGUCUCUCAGUUGAAGACAAUGACACGCCACCUCCAAGGCCAUAUGUCCAAGCUCAACAGCACCAACAAGCACAGCAGCACCAACAAGCACAGCAGCACCAACAAGCGCAACAUUAUCAACAAGCACAACAUCAUCAACAAGCGCCACCACCUCAGAUGCAGUCUGUUAGACCUACCCACCAAAUUCCUCCUCCAAUCAAUACAACCCCUUAUCAAGGCAAUUACCAGGCGGUACCACCACAGCAGGUUCAACAAGUUCCCUCAGGGCCUUCCAAUCACCACCCCCCACAUCUGAAGUUCGAGUCCCCAAUCCGACCUGAAUACCCACCCAACAUCCAUGUCCACAAUGGUUGGGACAAAACUCCAUAUCCACCCAACAUGAAUGAUGACGAUGAUGCCGAAUUCUCAUCCUCCUCUGCAGACGAAGACUCCGACGGCGACGAUGCCGAAAGCAUCGCUCUCCCCGAUGAAGCCGUCAGUUCUCUAUCACCCUCUCUCCCUCUCCAUCUUUCCGCAAAAACUCGCACCAAAAUCACCACUGAAAUGCGAAAGCCCAUUUCCCAAAAGGAUAUGCCAGGUUACAUCUACAUCUUCUGGUUGAAAGACGAUACUAGUGCGCCAUUACCAGUCCCCGCAUCUGCGCCACCAACCGUGAGCAGUUUCAAUAUCCCUCCUUUACCAAGCAGCAACGGGUACCUCAAACCUCGCAAAAACAGCUACAUCAAGGAUCCCGGCUCAGCGGCCCUCUUCCGUGUAGUCGAAGACCCAUACGACGAUGACGAUGACGACGAAAGUGGCGCUAUAAACCCCACUUCUAACCGACGUAGCCGAGGAGCUAGCAUCAGUGCCGCACCAUCAUCACCAGGUGGUAGCAAACCUGGUGAAAAGAGAGUCCUACUAAAAAUUGGUCGAGCGCAGAAUGUUCAACGUAGAUUACACCAGUGGAGUCAACAAUGCGGUUAUAACCUUCAAUUACUCCGUUACUACCCAUACGUCUCCCUCCAGGAUGCACCAUCCAGUGCAUCGCUCAAAGGAAGUAGUCCACCACCUACACAUACACCUGGAACCCCCGGUCUAAGCGUUAGCGGGGCCCGCACUCCAUUGAGUGGGAAGCCAACUAGUCCUCCUGCAAGCCUUGGAGCCAAGAAGGUUCCGUUUUCACAUAGGGUCGAGCGGUUAAUUCAUCUUGAGUUGAGAGAUGGUUAUUACAAUAAGCCACACGUAUGUGAAACUUGUCAAACAGUUCAUAAGGAGUGGUUCGCUGUACCCGGGACGAGGGAUGGGGUUAAGCGUGUGGAUGAGGUCAUCAAACGAUGGUGUAAAUGGGCGGAGAGUCUUGAGGGUGCAGUGAAUAGUAGGGAGCAAGGAGGGGUUAGCGAUGGAUUAGGACAUCGGAGGGGCGAUAGUGGUGGUGCUGCAGUGGGAUCUCAGACUUCAAAGUUGAAGGAGGAGAGAAUGGUAACUGGUGGUGUCAGAGGGGUGGAGAGAAUGCAAUGGGCUGAAGGGUAUGAAGGCCCCGAGUCUCAGGGCGCGGACGAUGCGGACGAGCAGGCAAAGAGACAGGCUAGAGUAGAUCGUAUGGGGACGUUUGGGUUUUUGUAA